GGACGUGCAGAGCCGGAAGUGGGCGUGUGCCUGGGGUCCCGGCCGGCCUGCGGACCCCUUUUCUCCGAACUCCAGUGGCGGUUGGCGGUCGGAGAUGAGCGGGAUGGAGGCUGUGGCGGCGGCGGCGAAGCCCGACCACGGCUGCACGGAGCCCACACCUGCACUCUGGGGGGAGCUGAGCCAGACUCCAGCCCCGUCCGCAGCCCAGGACAAGGAGGGGGCCGCAGAGGGCGCAAGGGGCGGCCCCGACGGCCAGGACACCGAGAGCCCGGCGGUGCGCGCCAUGCUGCGCGCCGUGGCCGCCGGCCGCCUGCCCGUGUGCAGCCAGCAGCAGGGCGAGCCCGACCUCACCGAGAGCGAGAAGGUGGCCAUCCUGGGGCGGCUGUACCGCGAGAAGCCGCUGGUAUUCCUGGAGCGCUUCCACACGGGCCUCCGCGAGGAGCACCUGGCCUGCUUCGGACACCUGCGAGGAGACCACCGCGCCGACUUCUACUGCGCCGAGGUGGCCCGGCAGGGCGCCGCCCGGCCCCGAGCCCUGCGGACCCGCCUGCGCAACCGCCGCUACGCGGCCCUGCGAGAGCUCAUCCAAGGGGGCGAGUACUUCAGCGACGAGCAGAUGCGGUUCCGGGCGCCCCUGCUGUACGAGCAGUACAUCGGGCAGUACCUCUCCCCGGAGGAGCUCAGCGCCCGCGCCCCAGCCCCCCAGCGGCCCCGGCCCUGCUCGCCCGGCACCCCCGCCUGCACCCUCUCCGACCUGCUGCUGCAGUCCUACGAGGAGCGGGAGCUGCAGCAGCGGCUGCUCCAGCAGCAAGAGGAGGAGGAGGCCUGCCUGGAGGAGGAGGAGGAGGAGGGAGACAGCGAGGAAGACCGGAGGUCAAGCAGAGACUCGGAGACCUGGGUACCCGACUCGGAGGAGAGGCUAAUCCUGCGGGAGGAGCUCACCAGCCGCAUGCACCAGCGCUUCCUGGACGGCAAGGAUGGGGACUUCGACUACAGCACGGUGGACAACAACCCGGACUUCGACAACCUGGACAUCGUGGCGCGGGACGAGGAGGAGAGGUACUUCGAUGAGGAAGAGCCUGAGGACGCCUCCAGCCCAGAGCUGGGCGAGGAGGACUGACGCCGCGGCCAUCCCAGCCACGUGGGGACCCCGGGGCAGCACCCCUGGACCUGCCACAGACCUUUCUUGGUUCUCUACCCUUCUCCCUGGGGACCCAUCGUCUACCUCUUUGUUUACUCUUUGGUUGUUUUUGUGUUUUUUUCAGUUUUUCAAGAUAGGGUCUCUCUCUAGCUCAGGCUGACCUGGAAUUCACUAUGUAGGUGGCCUUGAACUCAUGGCGAUCCCCCUGCUCUGCCUCCCAAGCGCGCGGGGAUUAAAGGCAUGUGCCACCACGCCCUGCUACCCGGCUUUUUUGAGACAAGGUCCUGGUAUGUAGCACUGCCCAGCGCGUUACCAUGCAGCCCAGGCUGGCCUUGAACCCUUCAGACUCCAAGGGCUGGGAUGACAGGUGUCUGAUUUCCCUGCCGCUCCGUGCGCGCGCGUCACCGCCCUGCCCUCGAUGCCGCAGGUCCCCACAGCAGGACUCGGGGUGAGUGCUUCCCCCUUGACUGAGCGAGUAGGCCAUAUGUGGGCCCCCUGCCUUCCGCCACUUGCCUGACAGCCGGACCUCCUGCUGCCCUUAAGGUCCCCCUCCUCGGCCUUGCUCUCCACGCCUGUUUCGCAUACCUGCCUGUCCACUGCCGUGACUCGACUGGACUCGUCUCCAUUCCAGGCUCGGCCCUUUAUCUCGCCCUCUCUGUCUCCCCUCCCCCCAGGCCUGGCCCCUGUGGGCAGCAGAACCCUGACCUCACUGCUGGCGGAGGAGGGGUGGGAACAGAGGCGGCCACCAGCUCCUGCCUCUCCCUCUCCACCCUGGCGGUGAGGACUGGCAGAGGCAGAACUGGGACCACAGGGCCAGCUUGGGUGUAGGGAAAGGGACUUUCCCUCCAGGUCUCCUCACCCACGGCUCCCAUCCCAUCCCAUCCCGCUCCCCCCACCCCCCUGCGCACACACCCCCCCAGUCUCACUUCCUCUGCCUCCUCUCCUGUUUACGCUCCCCAAACCCAUCCACACAGGCUGUUAUCAUGGUCCUGAGUCAUCCCCCCACACAUGCCUGCCUGCCUCAGCGUCCCUGCCCCCAGCUGGCCACAGGGCCCGCCCCUUCGAGCCCCCUGCCGCCCUGGGCUAAUGGGAGCCAGAUGGCCGCCUGUGACUCAGCCACAGCCUGUGGGAACCCAGGCGUCCUACCUUCCCAUGCCCCACGCCCGGCCCCUGCUGGCGCGGCGCGCUGAGACUGGGGGUGGAAGCCAGCGUUGCUGGAGAUGGGACCCUCGCUACCGUGAGACGGAAGAGUGGCAUUUUGCCCUGACCACACCUGAAGGAUCCUCAAAACUAUGUCGUUCGUUGGACCAAGGUCUUAACCCCUGGCUUCUGGGUCAACGGGAAUCUGUCCCCCAGAGACCAACAGUGAAAGUCCUGGCUUCUGAGCAGCUCAGCCAGAGCGCCAACCUCCCCACACAGCCAGCCGGCUCCACUCGGCAGCGCAGACGGGCCAGGCGGCCUCGCAGGAAGAGCCAGGACUGGCACCCACGUCCUCGGGGCCACCUGCCUGGUAGCCUUUGGGCUACCCAAACUGGACAGUGGUGGGAACACAGACUGACUCAGGCCAAAGACCAUAAAAACCAAGUACUGAGUCACCUCUGUCCCUGGGCCACCACAGCACACCUGUGCCAUGUGCUGUCCCCACAUCCCCCCAGAGGGUAGGCGAGGCCCUCCAAGGCUGUCACAGCGCUGGGGACAGGAGAGCUUUCACCGGGUAACGCAGUCCAGUGACUCAUUCACUCUUCUCCAGUCCGCCCGCCGUCUGGUCACCAAAGCUGUUUACGAUAAGCUCUGCCAUACGUCUAUCUGGGGCAGAACUCUGGGAAAGUAUUCUUGUCAGAGAUGAGCGGGCGGCACAGCCAUUGAGUCACAAUGGGCUUAGUCAGAUGGCCAGGCUAGGAGACAGGAGUGUUUGCAGCUGAGAGACAGAGGUGGAGCCAGUCACAGCGACAGGGAUUAGAUGAGGAGACAGGAAGAGAGGAUGGCAGAGACACACCCCUGCUCUCGCAGCCCCCACUGGUGCCCGCCCUCUGCCCCUUCUCGGGGUCCUGGGCAUGGGUGGGCAGAGAGGGUGAAUCAGGGCAGGAGAGACCCUCCGCAGGUUAUCAGUCCCCCACGCCAUGGCUCCUGCCUGACCUGCCCACCCCUGGCCUCGGCCCCUGCUGUUCAGUCUCAAUCCUCCAUCUCCUCCCCGUUCCCACCACUCUGGCCACUCCUGAGCUCCCGCGCCUGACCUCGCUUCCCCAUCCCUCCUCCCCCCACUCCCCCGCCGGCCCCUACUCUGUCUCUGUCCUGGAUCCUGGGAAGUCCGGGUCAGAGCCCCACUGGUGGCCCCGGGAAGGCCACAGUAAGGGGUCACCACCUCACACCCCGAGAGGGCAACAGGUUUGCAGGCCUGUCUGGCCAAAAGGAAAUGUCUGCACCGUGGCCCGGUCACCCCCACCCCCAGGACCUGCAUGCCGGGCCACUUGCCGCCCCCGGGCUGAGGCCGGGUAAACACAGCCGCGCGGCAGCCUGGGGAUAUUUAUACCGAGGCCGGGCGUGGGGCCAGUGCCCACCACAGCCCCUGCCCUGCCCUGCCCGCUGCCACAGCCAGCCCUGAGCCAGCGUGGCACCAGCCAGCAAGGGGACACCACAGACAGUCUCCACUCAGCACGGAAGCCAACAGAGGCUCUGGUCACACAACAGCCAAUGGCUCCGCAAGAUACGAGGUCCCCUCCUCCGGGAGCAGCGCAGAAACAAUGCAGUGUCCCUUCACAUGCACACACUGACACCUCCAAACUUGCUCAGAAGGAACCAUACAGCUCCUCACACGCAGACCAGAGGCAAGGGCCCAGACGCAGCGCCCACCCGCCACCGACCAGGACACUCUGAAGACACACACAGACCCAGGCUUCACAGCCACGGCGACAGUCGGCACACACCACCGUGAUCGCAAAAUGGUGUUGGGGGAGAGGAAUGGCUCAGUUGGUAGAGUGCCUGCAUAACAGGCCCAACGCCCCGAGUUCAACACUCAGCACCCAGCACCCGCGGCGCACGCCUUUAAUCCCAGCACUUGGGAGGGAGGGAGGCAGAGGUAGGAGGAUCACUGUGAGUUCGAGGCCACCCUGAGACUACAUGGUGAAUUCCAGGUCAGCCUGGGCUAG